GAACAGAGCAGGGAACCCUCAUGGGAUCCCUCCCGUCGCCCAUUCCCGGCCCCUGAGGAAGAGGAGCUACGGGCAGCACGGCCCACGCCCGGUCCCUUACUAGGUUGGUAUGUGGGCUAGACAGAUUGUGUGCCAGGAGCACGGGCGGAGGACCCAUCUCGCCUCCAUUCUCAAUAAUGGAGAGAACGACAUGCUGGCCAGCUAUGUCAAGCAUCACAAGGAAAACACUGAACCCGUCUGGGUCGGACUCUCGGACCCAAAGCAUGAUCGCUUUUGGAAAUGGACGGAUCGGUCCCCGGCCAAAUUCACCGCUUGGCAGAAAGGGCAGCCUGACCCGCCAAGCAAACAGGAGCGCUGC